AUGGCGGCACAGUGCUCAGGUUUGGUGCGACUGACUCUUCCAGCCAUAGCUCUCUCGCUCCGUGGAACCUCUUCUAGAUGGCUCUGUACAGCAACAAAACAGAAAAAUAAUGGCCAGAACUUAGAAGAGGAUUCCAGUCAAAAUGAACAGAAAAUAGACAGUACCGCUACAGAGAAGACACUAAUUGAAGAGGUCAAAUUAGAAGAACAGCUGAAAGAAACUUUGGAGAAAUAUAAGCGAGCCUUAGCAGAUACAGAGAACUUGAGGCUACGGAGCCAAAAAUUGGUAGAAGAGGCAAAAUUAUAUGGUAUUCAAGGUAUCUGUAAGGAUUUAUUAGAAGUUGCUGACAUUUUGGAAAAGGCUACAGAAAGUGUACCAAAAGAUGAAAUAAAGGAAGAAAACCCUCAUUUGAAGAACCUAUAUGAGGGUCUUGUUAUGACUGAAGUCCAGAUUCAAAAAGUGUUCAAAAAGCAUGAUUUGCUCAAAUUAAAUCCUCUUGGUGACAAAUUUGAUCCCUAUGAACAUGAAGCCUUGUUCCAUACUCCAGUAGAGGGGAAGGAGCCUGGCACUGUUGCACUAGUAAACAAAGUUGGGUAUAAGCUACAUGGACGAACCUUGAGACCUGCUUUGGUGGAUGUUGUUAAAGAACCUUAG